AAACCUUUCUUCUCCUCUCCCAUAUUUAGGUUUUCAUUCUCUCAUUUUCUCUCAUUCUCUGUUCUUGUUCUUGCCGCUGCUUAAAGAUGGGGAGAAGACCAGCAAGGUGUUACCGUCAGAUCAAGAACAAGCCUUACCCUAAGUCAAGGUUUUGCCGUGGUGUGCCAGAUCCUAAGAUCAGGAUCUACGAUGUAGGCAUGAAGAAGAAAGGUGUCGAUGAGUUCCCCUUCUGUGUUCAUCUUGUCAGUUGGGAGAAGGAAAACGUCUCCAGUGAAGCACUUGAGGCUGCGCGUAUUGCCUGCAACAAGUACAUGACCAAGUUUGCUGGAAAGGAUGCUUUCCAUUUGCGUGUUAGGGUUCAUCCAUUCCACGUUCUUCGUAUCAACAAGAUGUUGUCGUGUGCUGGAGCUGAUAGGCUUCAAACUGGUAUGCGUGGUGCUUUUGGUAAGCCACAAGGUGUCUGUGCUAGGGUUGCUAUUGGUCAAGUUUUGUUGUCUGUUCGUUGCAAAGAUUCCAACAGCCAUAAUGCUCAGGAAGCUCUUCGUCGUGCUAAGUUCAAGUUCCCUGGUCGUCAAAAGAUCAUUGUCAGCCGAAAGUGGGGAUUCACCAAGUAUAACCGCACUGAUUAUCUGAAGUGGAAGUCUGAGAACCGCAUUGUUGCCGAUGGUGUUAAUGCUAAGCUGCUUGGAUGCCAUGGAAGACUUGCUUUAAGGAAACCGGGACAGGCCUUCAUAGAUGCAGUUGCAUAAGAUGAUUGAAACGUUUUAUUAUGUUUAUUUUCAGUUCAUAACUGUGCUUUAUCAUGGAUAUUUGAGUGAUUUAAUAUUGUCUUCGACAUUCUAUCUUUAUUUAUUUAGACUUUUUAUGCUGUUUAUCAA